AUGCGCGAGAUCGUGAGUAGAAACGCCCACACCGCCCCUGAUUUCCACGCGUGCCCCGCGUCAACGGUCACCACAUCCCUCGACACAGAGCCCCAAUGCUGACUCCAUGUGAUCACAGGUCCACCUUCAAACCGGCCAGUGUGUAAGUUGACACGCGUAAAGAUUUGGAAUUGCAAACAAGAGCGGGCAUUGACACACACCAAAGGGCAACCAGAUAGGUGCUGCAUUCUGGCAGACCAUCUCCGGUGAACAUGGCCUCGACGGCGCCGGCGUGUAAGUGAUGCGAGUGCGAUUUUCCGCUUCGAGACGCGUUAUUGACAUUCUGCAGGUACAAUGGCACGUCCGACCUCCAGCUCGAGCGCAUGAACGUCUACUUCAACGAGGUAUGUCUACCUUCCGCAUCGAGCUAGGCCGAGAUCGCCCAAAUGCUAACUCAUGAUGCAGGCCUCGGGAAACAAGUAUGUCCCACGUGCUGUGCUCGUCGACUUGGAGCCGGGCACCAUGGAUGCCGUCCGCGCUGGUCCAUUCGGCCAGCUGUUCCGCCCGGACAACUUCGUCUUCGGCCAGUCUGGUGCCGGCAACAACUGGGCCAAGGGUCACUACACUGAGGGAGCCGAGCUGGUCGACCAGGUUCUCGAUGUCGUCCGCCGCGAGGCUGAGGGCUGUGACUGCCUCCAGGGUUUCCAGAUCACCCACUCCCUGGGUGGUGGUACUGGUGCUGGUAUGGGCACGCUUCUCAUCAGCAAGAUCCGUGAGGAGUUCCCAGACCGUAUGAUGGCUACCUUCUCCGUCAUGCCAUCUCCCAAGGUCUCCGACACCGUCGUCGAGCCUUACAACGCCACCCUCUCCGUCCACCAGCUGGUCGAGAACUCGGAUGAGACCUUCUGCAUUGACAACGAGGCCCUCUACGACAUCUGCAUGCGCACCCUCAAGCUCAACAACCCAUCGUACGGCGACCUGAACCACCUCGUCUCCGCCGUCAUGUCCGGUGUCACUACCUGCUUGCGUUUCCCAGGUCAGCUCAACAGCGAUCUUCGCAAGCUCGCCGUCAACAUGGUGCCAUUUCCACGUCUGCACUUCUUCAUGGUCGGCUUCGCUCCUCUGACCAGUCGUGGUGCUCACUCCUUCCGCGCCGUCACCGUCCCAGAGCUCACCCAGCAGAUCUUCGACCCGAAGAACAUGAUGGCCGCCAGCGACUUCCGCAACGGCCGCUACCUUACCUGCUCCGCCAUCUACCGCGGCAAGGUCUCCAUGAAGGAGGUCGAGGACCAGAUCCGCAACGUGCAGAACAAGAACACUGCCUACUUCGUCGAAUGGAUUCCAAACAACGUUCAGACCGCUCUCUGCUCGAUCCCACCGCGCGGUUUGAAGAUGUCUUCUACCUUCGUCGGCAACAGCACCUCCAUCCAGGAGCUGUUCAAGCGUGUCGGUGACCAGUUCACUGCCAUGUUCCGUCGCAAGGCUUUCUUGCACUGGUACACCGGUGAGGGCAUGGACGAGAUGGAGUUCACCGAGGCCGAGUCCAACAUGAACGACUUGGUUUCUGAGUACCAGCAGUACCAGGAGGCCUCUGUGUCUGAGGGCGAGGAGGAGUACGAUGAGGAGGCGCCGCUUGAGGGCGACGAGUAG